CUAAUUUCAAUUUCAACUUCACUCGAUAAAUUCUCCGUAUUUCUUCUACUUUACCAAACCCCUCUUGCAAUUUCCCAAAACCCUAACUCCAAUUUCUUCAAUUUUUCCCACCCUAAUUUUCAAUCCACAUAUAUUUUUUAGCCAUAUUUUGGGCCUGAAAAUGCCUCUCACAUCACUUGUCGGACCUCACAGUGGCACUGCCACUUACCUGGAUGCAAAUGCGUCGGCUUCAGAGCCCCAGCUUAUCCAGAUUGCUAAGCCUUCUGCAGAUACUCAUAUGGGGAAAUCAGAGAAGAGACUCAAAGAUGCUGAGAUCUAUGUCCCAAUAGUGUAUGGAACGAUAGCAUUUUGGCUUGGCAGGAAGGCCACCGAAACCCAGUCACAUAAGUGGACAGUUUAUGUCCGUGGAGCGACAAAUGAGGAUCUCAGCGUUAUUAUCAAAAGAGCUGUAUUCCAAUUGCAUCCCAGUUUCAAUAACCCUGUGAGAGUGGUGGAGUCUCCACCUUUUGAGGUAUCAGAAUGUGGUUGGGGUGAAUUUGAAAUUGGAAUCUCACUGUAUUUUCACAAUGAUGUCUCAGAAAAGAAAUUGGAUUUGUAUCAUCCCUUGAAAUUAUAUUCCGAAAAUGAGCCUGGUCCCCUGUCGACAAAGAAACCUGUUGUAAUGGAAAAUUAUGAUGAGAUUGUAUUCCCUGAACCAUCUGAGGAUUUCCUUUCCCGUGUGAAGGGUCAUCCUGCUGCAGUUGUGCCAAGGCUUCCUGCCACUUUUAACUUGCCUCAACGUCGGGUAGAUGCACAUGAAAUGAAGAGAGGCGAUACCAAAAACCAUCCACUUAAGCAGUGGUUCAUCAAUUUCUCAGAAGCAGAUGAGCUUCUGAAACUCGCAGGGAUUCGUCAACAGGUACAAACUGACAUUAUUAAGCUAAGGAGACAGUUGAGUAUGAUGGAAGAGCUGCCUCAGACAUUCAAACCGGAAUGUGAGAAUGUACAUGAUUUCCCGUGCCCGAUGUAGAACUGCAAAUAUGUUCUUGCUUGUACAUAACAACUACAUAUUGACUAGUUUAUAUCUGGGGAGUUCAUCCUCUGUGUCUAACUUAAAUUAUUUUUCUUGUAGUACCUCAUCUUCUUCCUUAUGUUGUUAAGGAUUCUGAGGCGGAUUCUGUAGUUGUACGAAUAUUUUUCUUGUAGCAGUGAUGUAGGAAGAAAUGUAAAUCUUAUUCAGCUGCAAUGAUUCCAAUGAAGAAUGUCACUGUUAGUUCUAAUGUGAUGAUUAAUAUCCCA